AAUUAUUAUGAUUUUCUAAAUUCUUCGUUUCCGACGUUGAAGUUCUGUCAUCUCGUCGUCAAUUUUUAAUGGCUAUCGUAACAUAAUGUAUGUAGAUUUUUAUUUUAACAUUUUAAAACAAUUUGGUACACACAUACUUUUGUCAUAAAACAUGUUUCUCUAUCCAGCCUGAGCGUGGCGCUUUGUAUCUUUUAUAGCCUAUCAACGGGUCAAAUGAAGCUCAGAAAUUUAUACAUGACUUAUGCAUAGAUGUAGUAAUAUAAUAAAUAUUGAAAGAAGAAUUCGGGUUCAUGUAAUUAUUUUUUCAUUAUCAAGAAUAAUUAGAUCAAUGUAUGGGUGAUUAUCAUGGCAGCAGUGAAAGCAAAUACAUCAACAUCACCUUCUGUUGAAUUAAGUUCAUAUCGUGAUCAACAUUUUAAGGGCUCGAGAGCCGAACAAGAUAGGUUAUUGAGGAAUUCUACCACUUUGUAUGUUGGUAAUUUAUCUUUUUAUACUACAGAAGAACAAAUAUACGAAUUGUUUUCAAAAUGCGGCGAUAUUAGGCGAAUUAUAAUGGGUUUAGACAAGUAUAAAAAGACACCUUGCGGUUUCUGCUUUGUUGAAUAUUAUCAAAGAGCAGACGCUGAAAGCUGUAUGCGGUACAUCAAUGGAACACGUUUAGAUGACAGAAUAAUCAGAACAGAUUGGGAUGCUGGUUUUAUUGAAGGCAGACAAUACGGAAGAGGAAAGACUGGAGGCCAAGUGAGAGACGAAUACAGAUCAGACUUUGACAGUGGAAGAGGAGGAUUUGGUAAAAUAAUGCAGCAGAAAGUGACACCAAUUGCCGAUGGAGGCUUUGGACGUUAAAAUUUGGAUUGUACACGAAUUCCGGCUCAAGAUUUUGUAUGUGUAAAUAAGCUAUAAUAGUAUUCGAUCUGUCGCAUUUACAAAUACAAAUUAUAUCUAGGCUUUGAUUUUAAGAGUUGUAAAUAUAUAUGAAAGUUAAGUAUGAACUCAUGACACUGGUAAAAAUUAUUAAAUUUUAGCAAGUACCGUA